AAGUUCACCUCCGACAACUUUCAUCGUUCUCCAAAAUCAUUCAUCGCCUUAUCUCGUUGAUUUGAGGUAACUGAUUGCUAGUUCCCAGCAAUGGCAGUGCAAGCAAAAGUCAAGCUACAUUGGCUCAACGGGUCUCGAGCUCAAAGCACGCUAUGGCUGCUUGAAGAACUCCAGAUCCCAUACGAGAUCCAGAUCUAUCAUCGUCAGCAGAAUAUGCUAGCACCGCCCGAGCUCCGGAAGAUCCAUCCGCUCGGCAAGUCGCCUGUCGUUACCAUUGAAUCGCCUGCAUCCGCGGAGCCGGUCGUGCUUGCAGAGAGUGCUUUCAUUGUGCAGUACCUAUGCGACCAUUUCGCCAAGGGCAAAACACUCGUGCCGCAGCGCUGGAAGGACGGCCAAGAGAACGAGGUGGGUGGUGAGACGGAAGAAUGGAUGCGGUACCAGUACCUUCUAUACUACGUUGAGGGUAGUUUCAUGGUUACUGUGUUUCUGCACUAUAUACUAAGCGGGCUGGGCGGCAACAGAGUACCCUUCUUCAUCCGACCCGUCACCGCCUUCAUCGCAAACCAGAUUAUCGGCAUCCUCGUCUUCCCCAACAUGAAACGACAUUUCACAAUGAUGGAGCAGUUCCUUGCGACGUCGCCCGGGGGUGGAGAUUACAUGUGUGGCCGCAACCUUACCAGCGCCGACAUCAUGCUAUCUUACCCGCUCAUUGCUGGAAAAGAGGGCGGAUUCGAUGCCAUGGGCAAAUGGGAUAAGGGCUCUUUCCAGGAAACAUUCCCAAGGCUUCAUGCGUACAUCGGGCGGCUCGCCGAUCAGCCUGGAUGGAACAGAUCUGUGGACAAGAUCCAGGAGAUAGAUGGCGACUUCUCCAUUCUGCCCGCCCCUGGCAAGCCAUCUGCACGCAUGUGAAAGCGGGUCGUCGGUUGUUGGCCAGCCUUCACUAGUACUGCGUAAUGUAACUACGGAUAGCGGUCGCAGAAGAACCCUUUUCUGGCUGUGGCUGACGCUCAAACUGUCAAACUGGCUAACCUGAUACCACAUGCCAACAUGGGGCCCUGAUACCUUACCGAGCAGCCGGAAGAAGGCACGGGGUUCAAGGGUAUUUUCAUGGCGUCGCGUUCUGAGGCGGGGGGCCCGGAAAUAAG